UCUCUUUCUAUGUGGCUUGUGCUCUCAACGUGCUAACUGUCAAACUAAUGUUAACUUAUUGUGCAACACCGAACAAAAUCAAGUUUCCAAGGUGCCGGAGAAACUUCUCAUCGCAUAUACUUGAACACUGUGCUGCAACGUAGUGCUCAGUAGCCGGUCAAAACAAAUUCAACAAGUCUUUUGUGCGGUGUCAACGGAGUAACCAUUGGCUUCCAAAAAUAUCAUAACAAACAAAGGAACAACAAUGGUGGUAUUACAGCAGUUCACAAGAUUUUUGCAUUGUUCGCGCAUUGCUUAUUCGGGAGCGGGAAAGAGCACUAGCAGCGCCUUGGCCACAUUGAGAAAGAAAACCGGCUAUACAUUUGCCAAUUGCAAAAAGGCUUUGGAAUUGCACAAUAAUGACAUAAACCUGGCUGAAAAAUGGCUUAAAGAGCAAGCCCAAAGUCUUGGCUGGUCCAAGGCCACCAAAUUGGCUGAGAGAGCCACUGCCCAAGGUUUGGUAGGUGUUUUGGUGCGCGGCAACAUUGGAGCCAUGGUGGAAGUCAACUGUGAAACUGAUUUUGUGGCCCGCAAUGAAAAUUUCAAGAAUUUUGUAGACCAUGUUUCCAGAGUUUGUGCCCAAUACACAGAACUAACUCAAUUCGAUGGUGAUUUGUGGAAGUCUGGUUUUGAAGCCGAGGCUUUGAAAAAUCUCCGAACUCCCGAUGGCAAAUCUUUGGCCGACCAAUUGGCUUUACUUAUUGGCACUGUGGGCGAAAAUGCCUCCAUCAAGCGUGCCAUAUGCUUUAAGGUUAACAAUGAUUUGCGUCUUUCCGGCUAUGCCCAUCCUCAAUCUUCGGCAGCCACUUGCCCCCAAAAUGUCACUCAACUGGGCAAAUAUGGUGCCCUGGUAGCAUUCCGUGGUAAUAACAUUGAAGAAGAUUUGCAAAAGAAUCUUUGUCAACACAUUGUUGGCAUGAAUCCCAAAAAAGUUGGUGAAGAGGGCAAAGAUGAGCCGAAUGCCAAUAAAGAUGAGGAAAUCUGUUUGAUACAUCAGGAGUAUUUGAUUGACGACGAAAAGACUGUGGGUGAAGUGCUCAAGGAGAAUAGUCUUUCCAUUAUUGAUUAUCAUCGUUUCGAAUGUGGUGAAGUGGCGGCAAACGAUGAUUUGGAACAAGCCAAAUUGAGCAAUUGACAAAUGCGUCAAGAUAGGUUAGAUAAAGGGGCUGCUGCUAAAACUGGGCCUCAUUGAAUAUGAAUAUUAAAGUGAUAUAAGUAAUCAUUGCAACCAUAAAGAAAUCUGCUUAAAUGUCAGCUUGGAAAUAGCAUACCCUUACCAAAUGAUUGUUAUUGUUAAAUAAACUCAAAUUAUAUAUUGUUGGCUCCUCCAGGAAACUUAAAAGUUUAAUAUUGAUUUAAAUUAUUAAAUUGUUGUAUAUAUUUGAGCAACAGAA